AUGGACGGCGAGAAAAGACCCAUUGUUCCCGACCACCACGAAAGUGAUCAGCAUGACCGCCCGUCCAAGCGCCAAAAGACCGAGGUGACGGAGUCAUCAGAAGCCGGGGUGGGAGGUGAAGAGCAGGAGAAUCGGGAGGAACAAGACGACAAGGAAGAAAAUGAGAGGGAGAAUGAGGAGAUUACCUCUAGUGAUGAUGGCGAGAGCGAAACCGACGACGACGACGAUACUGCACAACAAGAACCACAGCAGCAACCGCACCCCGAGCCAGUCACCCCUACGGUUGUGGUGCCUCAUCAACAUCAUGAGACACAGAUCGUGGCUGGCCUCCCCACGCCAGUCCUUGUACCCCAAGGGGGGCAUCCGCACGAGGCGCAAAUUGUCAUGGGUUUGGCCACGCCAGCACCAGAGGCCGAGAUGCACUUACUAAUUGUCCCAGACGAUGGGUUUGCUCUGCCUCCACCAGUCCUUGCUGUUAUGCCCGAGCCAGUCGCUCCUGCAGUGGUGGUGCCUCAUCAACAACAUGAGACACAGAUCGUGGCUGGCCUCCCUACACCAGUCCUUGUGCCCCAGCACCCUCACGAGGCGCAAAUCGUCAUGGGUUUGGCCACGCCAGCACCAGAGGGCGAGCUCCAGCUGGGUUUGAACUUACCAGCUGCUGUUCCAGACGAUGGGUUUGCUCUGCCUCCGCCAGUCAUUGCUGUUAUGGGGUAG